UCGAGGGGACCCUUUCGCUCUAUAAAGACAAGAUGCAGCCCAACUGCCUUUGAAAUUAUCCACAGGAUUUAUUGCUAUAGUUUAUUCCUCACUCGCACUUCAAAAGACACGCUCUGCUCUGUGGUUGAAUGUGUGUGACCGAAAGAGGACCCAAAUAAACUGGAAUGAGUUUAGGCAUUUCAUUCAGUCAGACCAUUUUAUGAGAUGUAACUAGAUGGAUUGAGGACUGGACAUUUGUCUUGAAUGACACUGGAUUGCUUUGUUUCCGAAUAGGACUGUUUUUAUUUUCAGGAUCACUACUGACCCGAACGCUUGCUUUUGCACUUCUCUUCACCGCCAUCACGCCUCAUUCCCGGUAAACUCGGGCGUCGCAGCUGUUCCUCGCCGCUCGUGUUGCAGGUGCGGAGACAGCGCGUGAACAGAUGGCAGCGCUGACGAUACAACGGACUGACAACAUUCUGCACACCUUUUUACAGGACCGGACCCCCAGCUCGUCCCCAGAGGGAGUCCCCAAUGCCCUGUCCUUCUGUAGCCAGGCCUGGCAGGUGGGGGGGACGGUUGUGGGCGGCACCGUGGGCUCCACCGUGGGCUCCGAUGGUUCCCAGUUUCCCUAUGAGGGGUCCGUGGGGGUGGGCUCAGCCUCAGGGAUGUUCCAGCUGUGGAGCAACGAGGUGGCGGUGGCACCUAGUUCUAGUCUCAGCGCCUCCAGCCUCACUGCUGCCGCCCACCAGGCCAUGACGUUCACGGUGCCCAAGGUCCAGUUCCCUGUUGGAUGUGGACACAGUCUGCAGUCUGGCCUGGGUCCUCACCCCCACGCGCUCCACCAUCACCACCACCAUCACCACCACCACCACGAGCUACCCCUGACUCCGCCGGCCGAGACUCCGUCCGCCUACUCGUUCGAGCUCUCUCCAGUCAAGAUCCUCUCAUCCCAGAGCCAGGGCCCCAAUGGGCCGCCCUACUGCCCUCAACACAACGCAGUGUCUGUGGGACAGAACUUCCCCAGCUUCUUCCAGAACUCUGUCUCUUCCACCAGGCACCAUCUAUCCGGAGGACACCACCACGUGGGGGAGGAUGGCCAGCAGGGGUGGUGGAGCCUCCCUCAGAACACCGGCCACAGCAACUCCUCCAAUCACCACCACCCCUUCUCCCUGGGCCGGCAGCUGGUCCUGGGUCACCAACCCCAAAUUACAGCCCUCCUCCAGGGAACCUCCAAGGGCCUGUUAUCCUCCACACGCCGCUGCCGUCGCUGCAAGUGCCCCAACUGCCAGGCCAACGGCGGGGGACUUGAGUUUGGCAAGAAGAGACUGCACAUCUGUCACAUCCCAGAGUGUGGCAAGGUGUACAAGAAGACGUCCCACCUGAAGGCUCACCUACGCUGGCACGCCGGGGAGAGGCCGUUCAUCUGCAACUGGCUGUUCUGCGGGAAGAGCUUCACCCGCUCCGACGAGCUACAGCGCCACCUCAGAACACACACCGGUGAGAAGAGGUUCGGAUGCCAGCAGUGUGGGAAGAGGUUCAUGAGGAGCGACCACCUCUCCAAACAUGUCAAGACCCACCAGAGCAGGAAGAGCCGGUCCGGUGAGAAGACUUCGGACUCUCUGUUGGCCAAUAUCAAGAGAGAGUAAAGCAGACUAUGAGGGCUGCAUUAUAGAGCCACGAGACUGCAAUGUGUGCAUUCAUCGUCACUGGCCUUCUAGCCACUGCCGCUCCUCUGUUCAUCAUUCCAUUUGUUUUGUCUUGU